UUGAGGUGUCGAGGUGUUUUUCUUUUACCGGUGCGGUUGUUUAUGAAACCGCGUUCAAAUCAUCCCAACAAAUUUGGUGCGUAUACUGCAUAUCAAAUGUGAACGAAGCAAUGUCAUCCUUUGAAGAAUUACCUUGGAACCCUCUACCACAGAAUGGCCAAACUGUAUUUUUCACUGAGGAAGUGUAUGCGAGCCUUCUUGGCGUCGAGACCCAUGAAACACGUUUGGAACAGAGGCUGAAAAAAGUUGGCAUCCAUCUGAAUACUCUGGCUGAGAAGAAUUCAAAUAAACCCUUUUCAUAUAUAAUUGAGCAGCAAUCUUCACAAGGCUCUGUUUCACUUGGGACUAAGGGGAAAACUGUAAAAACUAUUAGAGGGGAAUCCUUUGAAAGUACAAAUGAACAUGAGGGAAAUAUCAGUGAAGAAACAUUUACAGCCUUAAAAAUAGCACAUCACUCUGAAUCAAAAACUUCAAAAAUUUUGGACAAAACAGAGGAAGGUUCUGAAAAUAGUUCAACAUCAGACUUCCGUCCAAAGUCUUUUUAUUCAGAGUUCACAGAAAAUGAGAACAUGAAAACAGUCACAGAUCUUGAAGCAAGUAAAUGCCCAAUUAAUGAAGAACAUAACUUUCAGCACAAGAUGAGCAGGGCCUCUAAGAAUUUAGAAGAGCCAGUCUUCUAUAAAAAUACUCCAAUUGAAAGUGACCAGAAACCAAUUAAAUUUGCGGAUCUAGAUCAGAAUUUCUACAAUAUAAGAGACAGGAAUGACAAAGAUCGCUACACCGCAUUGAUAUUCUGCAAGAAACCUUAUCACCGGAAGUCACAGUUCAGUGUAUCACAGCAGAGAUUAUAUAUGGACCUGUUCCGACAGUACGGCACAUUGCUGAAUACAGACUUUGAGGAAGGAAAUAAUGCGGAGUUUAACAGAUUCAAGAAAUUGACAGCUGAGGUGAAGAAGGAACAAGGUGCCUUUCAGCAAUAUUUGAAGACAACCUCACAGAAAUGCAAGAAGGAUUAUGAAUAUGUCCACCCAGAAGUGAAAAAAUAUGUUUCAGCCAAGCUGCUGUCCAAGCGCAGGAGAGUGUUAUCGUACCCACGUCACUACAAGCAUGUCAAGAUGAUUGCUCUAGAUGAUGAUGUCGGUGAUGAUCCACCGCCCACACUGAAGCAUGUUAGGCCUCUCCUUCAACUGGGUGUGGCGAAAAAGCUACUCUUACCAAACAUCUUGCCUGGGCUUCCUCAGCCGUGCACGCCAACAAACUUCAAGAAAAUCAACGAGAUAGAUCCAGCUAUACGAGACAACUAUACAGGCCCAUAUGUCUGGAGUAAUGAGGUAUGCAGUCAAGACGUAAAUGCCGAACAGUUGGCAGUCCCCAAUCUAUGCAAUGUUGUCAUGUCGGCAUCAGUUGUGAAAUAUCUGAUUGACAACCAGGGCAAUAGUGGCAAACACUGGGAAAUGCCCAUAACUGUGAGGGAAUAUCAAAUUGGAGUGGGGGAGAAGUCAUUCAUUCACCGUGUAGCAUUCAUUGACAAGCCAAUCAUAAGAACAACUGAAUUCACUCCAAAAGAUCAGAACCAGUUGUAUCAGAAACAUGCCAUCCCAGCUGUGGCCUUUAGACAACGACAGAAGGGUUACUCAUUUAUUCGUGCUAAACCAGUCCACUCUGUUGUUAAAGCUCCAGCAGCUGAAGAUAUUGAAAAUGAGUUGCAAAGUUAUGAAAAACACAUGAAAGAAAACAUGAAAAAUGAACCAGUCGGUGAUUUUCAUGAAGGAAAAAUACAUGUAAGUAAAGGAAAGAAAACUAGGAGAAAGAAAAGAAAGGGAAAGCAGGAAAAAGGUAUGUUUGCUGCUGUGCAGGAAAUAGACGACUUGGAGACAUUUGGAAUGGAUGUUCAAGAAAUGAAAGAAAAGCCAGAAAAUAAGUCACCAAAAACAAAAGGUGUAAAGCCACCAAUGGAAGAAAAGGAAACAAUAAUGACAGAGGAAUCAUCUACAGAAACAUCAAGUUUUGUGAAAAGGAAGAAGCUGAGACUGUCAGCAGAUACAGACCUGGAAAAUUGA